AUGUCAGAAGAAGAUGAUUCUAAAGAUUCAAACGGCGACAUUCGCAAAAGAGUCAAAGAGCUGCCUCAGGAUGAAAAAGAUGUAAAUGUCAAACCGUCCACAAUCAAGCUCAAGAAACACGUGGGCCUCGUCAGCGGCACUUCUUUCAUUGUAGGGACAAUAAUCGGAUCCGGGAUUUUCAUCUCCCCUAAAGGUGUAUUGAUGGAGACUGGUUCGGUUGCCCUCAGUUUGAUCGUGUGGGCCGGGGCGGGGUUGUUGGCUCUCAUGGGCUCUCUGUGUUAUGCGGAGUUGGGUACACUUAUCAGGAAAUCUGGCGGAGAGUAUCAGUAUAUCAAACAAGCCUUUGGAAACAUCCCCGCGUUUUUAUACGCGUGGACGUCAAUAAUUGUCAUCAGAACGUCUUCUAUGGCUAUCAUUUGCCUCACCUUCGGAGAAUAUGUGGCAACAUUCUUCCCUUACUGCGGCAACCCGGAUCUUCCCAUGAAACUAGUGGCAUCGCUAGCCAUAGUGACCCUGGCAAUUAUUAAUUGUACGGAUGCUCGACUAGCCACCAGAGUACAGGUGUUUUUCACUGUUGUCAAAUUGGCCGCUCUUCUCGUUAUCUCCAUCGGAGGAAUAGUCCGCAUGGCACAAGGGCAUGUCACGGAGCUGAAACGUGGAUUUGAAGGGACUACAAAGUCGCCAUCUACUAUAGCGUUAGCAUUUUAUGACGCCCUUUGGUCAUACGACGGUUGGAACAACCUGAACUAUUUGACAGAAGAAAUCAAAAACCCUAAAAAGAAUUUACCUCGUGCCAACAUAGCUGGUGUUCUUCUUGUGACCGUUAUAUACCUACUGACCAACAUGUCUUAUCUGACCGCAAUGACGUCUGCAGAACUGCUAGCUUCCGAUGCUGUGGCUGUGACUUGGGGUGACCGUGUCUUAGGUUCUGCGGCCGUAUUGGUACCGCUUUCCGUCCUCUUUUCUACAUUCGGGUCCGCCAACGGAACAUUAUUCUCUGGCGGCAGAGUAGUUUACGUUGCAGCUAGAGACGGGAUGCUGCCAGAAAUGUUAUCUUAUGUAAACUGUAAACGCUACACACCCGUGCCAUCCAUUUUGUUCACGGCUAUCAUCUCCAUCAUCAUGGUAUUCCCAGGAAAUCUGUCAGAACUCAUUGAUUUCUUUAGUUUCACCGCUUGGAUCUUCUAUGGCGUUACAGUUUCCUCCCUUAUUGUCAGCAGGUUCACAAUGAAAGAUGCAGAGAGAGUAUUCAAGGUACCUCUACCGAUCCCCAUACUGUUUGUACUGCUGUCGAUUUAUCUGGUUAUCGCUCCCAUAGUACAGAGUCCUAGGAUUGAGUUCCUCUACGCCUUUCUUUUCAUCAUUGGUGGACUCAUUUUCUACAUUCCUCUCGUCCACUUUAAAUUAAACAUUCCUUUUUGGGGGAAAAUAUCCACGUUUUCGCAGUUACUUUUUGAGGCUGUCCCAAGCCCCUUUAUACCUGAUGAGUAG